AUGCAGGCUGUGAUGCGGCAUGCAGCCUGCUGUGACGAAGAAGAGGCUCUGGAGGCCCUGGCAGUGGCAAAGAAGGCCUUGGGCGAUGUUGAUAUUCACUACCGGGAACGCGAAAGUGGAUACACAGCCCUCCACUACGCUGCGCAGUAUGGGUUGGUUGAGCUGGCGACUGCCUUGCUGGAUGUUGGGUCAGUGGUGAACUCCCAAACCAAGGACCUGAUAUUGCAAAACACCGUGGUUCAGGCUGCCGGGCAAACCCCCCUGCACUUGGCAGCUCGUGCUGGUGAACAGGAGGUCGCCCAACUACUCAUGGCAAGGCAAGCGGAUGUCGCUUUGCUGGAUGUAGACGGAUUCGCAGCUGUGGAGAUUGCAAAGUUGCACAAGCGCGAUGGCAUUUGUCAGGUGUUGGGUGUAAGCCCUGAUGCUUUGGAUAAAGAGGAUCUUGACAACAGGGCCGUUAAGGCUGUGGAAGCUGGUAAGAUUCGAGCUGCGAGGCAGUUGGAUGUUCCCCCGCAUCUACGCCAAGUUUACACGCUGAAAGCUGUGUGGUCCCAAGACGAGUGUGACUUCGUCUUGCAGGCGGUCAAGGCUGCGGUGAGCAAGUCCUCGGGAUGGACAACCGACCGACAUGCAGCGUAUGCCACUACGGACAUGCCCUGCAGCCGCGUUCAGGAAGUUGAUGCGUGGGUGAGGGAGUCCUUAGCCCAAAGAGUGCUGCCGGAGCUCGCAAAGCGCCAUGGCUGGGGUAAUGGGACUGGAUCCUGCCUCUACUUCAGGGAUCUCUUCUUUGUGCAAUAUUCUGCAGGAGGUCAAGCUGGCUUGGCCCUCCAUCGCGAUGGUUCCAUCAUAUCCUUCAACAUACUCCUGAACAGCCCGGAGGAUUUUGAGGGCGGCGGCACCUAUGUGGAAGCAGAUGACACUGCUUAUCAGAUAGACCAGGGAGAUUGCUUCGUUCACAGCGGAAAGCUCCGCCACGGGAUACGAGUCGGUGUCAAGACUUUGCCAGAGUCAUACACGCUCAGCCAGUUUCAGGGAAAGUUUGUGCGACAAGUGGGAAUAGGAUACAUCAUCGUUGGCUUCGUGGACCUUGAUGAAGAUGGCCCAGCUGUUCUGCGUAGCCUACUCACUGCAGAUGGGGAGACCCCUGGAGCCGACCCAGACGUACACAGGAGUACUGCUUUCCGAAAAUUGUGUCAGCAGCGCUCAGAAUGCUCGUCGGCAGACAAUGCGGGCCAGCUAUGUGGUGACUUGGGCUGGGCACGCGACCAAGAGGAAGCCGUUUCACCUUGCCUCUGUUCGCACAAAUAA